AUGGCUAAGUCACCGCAGGAUCUUCAGAUCGCCAUCCUGGGCGCUGGUAUGGGAGGGCUCACAUGUGCCCUGGCCCUAGCCCAGGAAGGCUUCAAGAAUAUUGAUGUCUAUGAAUCGGCCUCGGACCUGGGCUUCGUUGGAGCGGGUAUCCAACUGGCGCCGAACAUGGCCCGAGUGCUGGACCGCCUGGGAGUAUGGAAGGGAAUUGAAGCCGAGGCCGUAAAUAUCGAAGAGACCAGCGUCAGAGUGGGUGCAACCGAUUCUGAGUUGGCGCAUGUUCCGCUGCAAUAUAUCAAAGACACAUAUGGAUACCCGCACAUGGUGGGCCACCGUUCAUCGCUGUCCAACGGACUGUACCAAGGCUGUCUGCGCUACCCGAACAUCAAGUUCCAUUUCUCCACGUCUACCGGGGACGUCGACUCGUUCGGUCCCCGGCCCUCCUUCACAGCGACGCCGCGCGACUCCAGCCAAGCGCCGUACCGCGUCGAGGCCGACGUGCUGCUGGGCGCCGACGGCAUCAAGAGCAACACGCGGGUCGCCAUGAUGGACAAGCUCAGCAUCCAGACCGGCGUGAAGGAUACGAACCAAGCGGCCUACCGAAUCAUGAUCCACAAGGACCAGAUCAAGGACGACCCGGAGCUCCUGGAGCUGAUCAACGGCACCAAGGUGACGCGCUGGAUCGGCGAGAAGCGUCACAUCAUCGCCUACCCCGUGUCCAACAACACCAUCUACAACCUUUCCACCGUCCAGCCCGACACCAACUUCGCCGCCGCCACCAACGCCACCUACACGACGCGCGGAUCGAAGAAGACCAUGUUGGAGGUCUUCGGCGAUUUCUGCCCCAUGGUGCAGCGCAUGCUGAGCUACGUCCCCGAGGGCGAGGUCUGCGAAUGGAAGCUGCGGGUCCACGAGCCCUUGGAUACGUGGGUGCAUGAGUCCACCGCUCUGGUCGGUGAUGCUUGCCACCCGACAUUGCCCCAUCUUGCGCAGGGAGCCGCGCAAGCCAUUGAAGACGGUGCCGUGAUUGCCAUCGCAUUAUCCCUGCUACCCGAUACGACCCCCGCCUCGAUCGCGAAGGCGCUGAAGGUGUACGAGAAGGUUCGGAAGGACCGGGCGUAUGCGCUGGUCGAGCUGGCAGCUGCAUCGGGUCGGGCUCUUCAUUUGGGGGACGGCGCUGCCAAGGAGGAACGAGACAAGCAGUUCGCUGCGUUGAAGAAGGGCAACGGACCCGUUCCGGAUAAGUGGGCCGAUGCGGAUGUGCAGAAGAUUAUCUAUGGCUUUGAUUGCCAGCAGGAGACGCGGGAGAAGUUCAAUGAGUAUUUCGCGUAA